CUUGGAUAUUCCCGUUUCAGUGGUUCCGCAAGGUUCACGUCUGUAACCCGGCAAUGAUAAAUCGAGACGCGGACAGCCACUUUUAUUUCCCCGAACACUAACUACCCUGACAUUAUUUGUUUACUUUACUUGGGAACUGUCUCGCAAAGCAACAAUGGCUGCGCGUUGCUGAAAAAAGUUGCUAGCCUAGCACAAGUGCUUGUCGCUAGCUGGCUGAAAGCUAACCUUAGCAAACAGACUACUGAAGCGAUCCGAAUAUUUUUUGAUGAUGUAAGGACUUUUUCUUUCACGAAUCCCCCAGCCUGAUUAUGGACGUCUAAAUGAUUCGGAUCGCUAUCCAAAACCGUGAAUGGGUGAGAUGAGGAGUAGUACGAGGGCUCUGCCCCUUGGUGUCACGGUUCAUCAGCACACAGAUCUCAACAUUGAUACAGAUUUACAAACUUCAUGGAAGAGUUUGCCUCAGUCCAAAGCUGCUCUGCGACGAAUAGAGAACCAUGUGGAGGCAGUUCCUGGAACAACAGCACUGCUCCUGUCUGUUAUGGACCCGCCCAAGAAGAAGCUAUCUGUGUCCGUCCGCAGCAGAGAUGAGGCGAGGGGGUUCUCAAAGUCCAAAGAACAUCAUCGGUCAAGUUCCAAAAAGACACGCUCGCGCAGCCCGCUAAGAAAUGCCACGCAAGACAGCAACGUUAGCCAGCAUAGUAGUAUGGCGCUCAGGGAACAGCUGUUGUCAUAUAGAGAGACCGCCCCUUCAUCACCACCCUCAUUUGAGCUGGAUGCUUAUCGGCUGCAGUCAAUUUCAGGGCCUUUGUCCCCAUCCUCAGACGCUCAGUUUUGGAAGCCCGUGUACCAGGAAGACAUUUCAGACACACAGACAGAUGGGCGCCAGGACAUCACAGGCUCUGGAGACUGUAAAGAGGUCUGCUACCUCAAUGACAAACUCACUGGAGAGACCCUGCAGACUAAUGCCAACACAUCACAUGGGACAAGUUCAGUCCCAGCUAUCGAGAGCAGCAGUCCCCAACCACAAGUCUCCCAGAGCGUGGAUAUUCAAAAGUCCAGCACGUUUCUACCUCCUGCCUCUGACUUGAUAUGUAGAUGGGAAAGCACGUCUUCCUCUAGUCCAGGCUCAGAUUCCCAGCGUUUGGAGAACCUAAGGCGACACCAACCGGAUGAUAAGCUAGAGAAGCUUAAAGAGCGUAUUCGAAAGCAGGUUAAACAUCAGGAGGAAGCCGCAGAGAAAGAAAAAGUGUUGAGCCGUCUUGAGCAGCCCAUAAUGGCCACCAAGAGUAACAAUGGGGGCACAACGGCCAAAAUAAGGAAAGUAGCGGCCGCGCCACAAGCGCCUACUUACAAAGGUUUCAGCAAAACUGAGACAAGGACCCGUAACCCUCGUGGGAAUACAUUAAAAGAUGAAAGUUUGAACAGGGACACAAGUAAAGACCGGUCAAAGCAGUUUCGUGAAAGCUCACCACACAGGCCGCAAAGGGAACGGUACCGUUCUGUUGAGAGAGAAACUAAACCAACCAGGAAAAUCCACAAAGCUGCCUCUGGCAAAAAUGCAAAAACAAUGAUUACCCCUGCUUCCUGGCGUGAAGGCUUGAAGCUGGUAAACAAGGUACUUGGUACAGCUCCCAAGAAAUCUAGAGAGAAGAGGCCCCAUCUGAAUGACAAACUGCCACAAACAGCUUCCCAUUGGCAUUCAAACGUUGACAAAGGCUCUGAAGCAAACCACGAAUCUCGUCCUAGAAGCACAGACGGUAAUCACUGUGCAUUUCAGCGUCAAUCCAAAAGCCACUCCGCAUCCAUUUCCAGCCCCUCGUCUGCUGGUCCAGACAAGUGCCCAGUGCCUUCAAGCAAAAACUUACUGUCAGCAGAUAUCCGGGCCAUACUUGAUGACCCACGGCUUGAGGGCAAAGCAACUGAGGAAAAGUCUCGACCAAGAUCUGGGAAAGGUAAGGAGAGUCAAACGGGGAUUACAAGGUCAUUGUCUCAAACAAGGAUUCCCCUCUCCUUCUCAGGAGUUAUGGUGCCAACAUAUGCCACCUCAAAAAGCUGCCGGAGUGUCAAGCCCUCCCCGGAUCGAGCAGAGUUGUCUAAUGUGGCUGAAAUUCAGGAGAAAAAGCGCCACUAUGAUUCAGAUAAAAUUCGUCAGUACAUUGUUAAGCAGAAAGAGGCAAGAAAGAGACGACAAGCAGAAGAGAAGAAAUCCUUGAAAGAGGAGUCGGAGAAAAGAAACCAAAGACUGCAGGAGCUCUACAGGAGGCAAAAGGAAAUGGCGAAAUCUGUAGUCACUCCCUCCGAGGUAACAACUACGACUCCUUGGCAGACUCGAUAUAGAGAGGAGACCUACAACCUUUUUGGAAUGGAUGAGACUCUUCUUGAAGAGGCUAUACAGAUGCAAUCAUCUAUUGCAUCAAAUCCACUGAGACCAAUGUACCAGCCCUCUGGAGAGUCUGACAAAGAGAAUAAGAAGUUGGACCUACCACAGAGCCCCUCAAGCAGUGACAGGUCUUUGACUGAUCAGCUAUCUCCUCAAUUAGCAAGGGGUGAUCUGGAUGUCGGCAUUACUUCUAGACUUAAUCCUGGCCUCAGCCCAGCUGGUCAAUCCCUCUCUGCCUCCAGUAAUGGUGCACUCGGUUGUACAAGCUAUGACCCUCUCCUUUGUCGCCCUCUAAGGUUGGAAAAUACAUUAGAAGCUGGUAAUCUCAAACCCACACAUGCAGAAACCCCCACCUGGUCUCAGACAAGGAGAUCCCGCAUUGACGCCCUCAAGGCCACAGCAAUCUCCCUCUCUAACCGCAUAGAGAGUGAGGCCCGGCAGAUAGCUCGAGUGGGAAUCAACUAUGGUGAGCCAACUGCUUUGGACACGGAUAUUCUGGCCCCAAGGUCCACUUGGGCAGAUCUUGACAAAAGAGGUUUAGGCGCUGGACACGGCACGUUCGAAAAUGCCGACUUGACGUCCAAGAUCCAGCGUCUUAUAACAAGCGCAGGUCUUAGUCCGUACAAUAGUGCCUCUUUUUCAGGAGCUGGGAAUUUGCAUGCCUUCAAAGGGCAACCCCAGCAAAUUACUGCUGAUCGAACAGAUCAAUCACCGAGCAGCUAUAGACUAGAUAGGAUCCAAAUCAAUGGCAUAGAGGGAAAAAAUGACAUGCAUCAGAUUAGACCUUAUAAACCAGCUGAAGACAACGGAGACAAUACAACAGAUCUACAUGACUCAAGCGGAGGUUCUAUCAGUGAAGGUACCAUCCUGAGUGAGGGGAGCUUCAGUAAGGAUGAAAUUAGCCCUCCUCACCCUGCCAACAGUCACGUUCUGAGAUUAACAGAUUGCUCCAAUGACUGUGCUGGUCAAAGAAUUGAAGUGCAACAUCUCACUGACUUCCAAAAGGAGGCCGCCAAGUGCUUGGCCCUCCCGUUACCAUUAGCUCCUCAGAACAGCAGUAAAAAGCCCUGGGAGGAGUUGAACAAAGGAGACCCUUUCAGUGUAAUCAACAUUUACUUAAAGAACCUCAAUGUUAAAGUGAAAGACGGGAAUUCUCCAUCUGAUUCCUCUUUACCAUCUGGAGAUUCCCACAGAGAUGGAGAAGUCUAUGAUGAUGACUUUGUGUCUUUUCAUAGCAGCGGAGUUGGCCACCAGUCAAAGAACAGUUGCAGUCCACAUAGUGUGGGAAUGGAAAGUAAAAAGUCUCCGCCAUCUCGAGGAAGACUGGCUUCCCCUUUAGCCUUUCCUGAUUUGGCUUUGCUACAAGCUGCAGCCUCUCUGAAGAACGAUUCUCAAAAGAAUGGUAAACUCCAUUAUUCACCAACCGCUCUGCAGCAGUAUGUGGCAGCAGAGCUCAAGUACCAGGAGUCCAUAGAUGAGUCAUUAAGACAGCUCAGUGACGUAGAGAGGCUAAUUGGUCUGCCUGUGGCUCAGGAGGCCAAGCAGCCAAAGUCUCCGCCGUCACGAGUACGAAUGCCUUCUCCUUCUGGCUUUCCAGACUCCUCCUCUUCUCCAGACUUUCGCAGUGAACUUCCUAAAAAUGGCUUCAAUGUUGGGCCUUGUAACAGCAGCAGCGCCACUGGUAAUCUCCAGUAUUCUCCUGCUAUCCUGCAUCAGCACGUGACAGCAGAGCUCCAGUACCAGGAGUCCAUAGAUGAGUCCAUGAAACAUCUAGGCGACGUUGAGAGGCUGAUGGGUGUCUCCAUGGCCCAGCAGGAGAGUGCUUCAUUGGUGCAGAUACUGAAGGCCAAACAGCAGAAAUAUGAGAAUGAUCUUUACGAGCAGAAGAUCCAGGCUGAAAGAAAGGCUCUUGAAGCCCAGCUGCAGCGGGAAGAAGACAGGCAGAGAACAGCAAGGGCUCAUGAAGAAUUGCUGGAAAAAAUUGUGUUAACUCAAAAAGAGACUGCUGAAGCGGCGCGUCACAUCAAAGAGUUAACGGAUCUGGCACGGACUCGGAUCGAAGGAGCGCUGGCUGUGUCUGUUGUUGUGCCCGAGUCUUCGAUUCUGAGCAAGCACCAGCGCGAGAAGCAGAGCAAGUCUGAUUCUGAAAAUUUCCAGAGAGAAGAAUCAAGUCAAAGCCUCAGUCAUACUGACUCACGGCCUCUGGAAAGACCCAACCUCAUUGGUGCAGAUGCCAGCUGUGCCAAUAGCACUCCAUGUAUUUCUACAAACCAUAUCAAGGAAGUAAAUGAAAAAGAAUUGAUAUGGAAGAAGGAAGAUGAAAAUCGGGCACAGAAGGAAGCAGGCAGCGUUUCAAUAGAAGAGGAAUAUCCGACUGCGGACAACGACUCCAUCUGUAGUGAAAGCAUCCCAUCUGUAGCUGAUGACAAGGAGUACUCCUUCAAGUUUGACUCUUCCAGAACGGAGGAUGAGGUGGAAGAGUGCUCCUCCAGCUCUCUGCUGCCAUCCAAAGGGCACCGUGGUAGUUCUUUGGAGAACAGGCCACACCACCACACGGAUUCAGAGGAUGAGGCCGCAGAUGACAGCAUAACUGUAGUCUCAGCGCCACAUCAUGUUAGAAAGAAUCAGAAUCCAAAUCUGGCCUUUUCCAGCGGCCAGGACAGCUUCACCCGGUUCACCAUGGAUAUGGUUCGCCAGCACAUGAAAGACGAGGACUUAAGACUGCAGCAUCAGAACGCUUUGCUGCGCCUUCGUCAGAAAGCUGUCAAAGAAAAGAUCAGAACUGAGCUGGCAUGGCUGGAGCACCAGAAGAAGCAGCUGAGGAACAAGGGCGAGGAUGACAAAUUACCACCUAUUCGGAAGAAACAGAAGGGCCUUUUGUUAAAACUUCAGGAGGAGCAGGCUGAAAUCAGGCGUCUUCAAGAAGCAAACAAAGCCGCGAGGAAAGAAAAACAGCUGUUGUUGAAGCAGCAAGAGGAUAUUGAGAGGAUGAGGACCUCAACACAGAGACUGAAAGAACGUCUAAAGUCUGCUGGGUGUGAAGUACCUUCUGAGACUCCAGUGUCAGAAACACCUGUGUCAGAAGCAGCGGCACAUAACAUAAGUCCUGCGGAUGACAGCCGCACCCCGUCACCGUCUCCUUCCAUCUCUGCAAGUGAGACCAGCAGCAUCAUGCAGAAGCUCAAGAAGAUGCGUUUUCACAUGGAUGAAAAACACUGUUCCCCUGUCCACUGCUUUUUCUCUGUGUUCACGGCCCAGCACUGGGCCUCUCUUAGUCUCUGUCUGCCCAACCUUGAUCCUAAAUUCCAGCUUUUUAUCUACAACCAGUUGGACAGAUUCCUGACUAAGCGCGAGCAGCAGUUGAUGCAGAGGCGUCAUCAUGCUGAGGAACUGCUUCAGUGGAAAAAGCGUCUUGAUCAAGAGGAGGCGGCGGUCCGGAGGAUAGAAAAGGAGGCCCUGGCUAGUUGGAGAGAGGGCAGUAUCAUAUCGCAGAGUCGGAGCAAAGCGAUCUCUCCCAAGUCCAGUCACCAUCGGAACUCAGAAUCAAGAGCACUUCGUGUGAAAGAGUACAUGACUGAAGAUGAUUAUUCCUCAGCAACAUCUGAGUGCAGUAUACAUACAGAACCAAAAAGUCCAUCCUCAGCACAACCUGCAUCAGUCGCUGAAAUAACGCUGGCGUCCAACUUGAGCAGCCCUACAAAUUAUGUUGACGACUUUGCUUCACUCACACUGAGCAAGCAGUCUUCUCCUAUCAAAGGCAACCACAAACGUGUCUCUCCCAGUGAUAGCACCAGUGUGAGCAAGACACAGCUUCACUCCUCCCAAAUAUCUAAGCAGGAACCAAAUCAGCUGCAGGAAUCGCCCAUGUCUUCACAGACUGAACCCAUUUCAGAGCAGAGUGAUAUAGAAAGCCGUAUCAAGGCCCUGAAAGAGGAGCUGAGAAAACGCAAGUAUAUGGCCAGUCAGCUCAAAAGGGAGCAGAAGAUGAGGCAUAAAGAGCGCCUGAAGGCACAAGAGGCCAGCCUGCUCAAACAACUGGCGAGUUAUGACAACUACAUUGGAAAAACUAAGGCAGAACUGAACAAAGACCCUGAGCCAAAGCUUCAGAAAAACUCUAAGAAAGAUUACAGCUUAGUUGUAGAUAAAUCCAGCCUCUCAUCUCCUAUCAAAAGGUCUGAAACCAGUGAAAUACCUACUGUGGGGCAAUACAGUAAUUCAUCAAUUCACCAAAGUCAUAACAGAUCUACCUCAGCAUCUAAAGAGCUCAAUGUUGAAUCUGUCAUGCCAUCUUCUGUAAAUGGCUGUCCAGAUUUCCUGACGUCAGGUCAAGAGAGGAGUCAUUCACCAGACUCUUUAAGACCCCACGCUGAACAUCCCAAGUCACAAAUAAUAGAAUCUGAGAAAGAUGACACUGUGUUGGAAUCACAUUCUGCUGCAGAAGACCUCAUCGCGCACUCUGACAACCCCCCAUCCAAUGACCAUUCCUGCAGCCAGGACUUGGAUAUCCUCUCCUCAGUGAAGGAGGCCCCAAUAAGGGAUGUCCAGACUUCUCCCCUGACAGAUUACCAAGAUGACUUUGAGUCAUCAGUACCUUCUUCACCCAGGAAGGAGCAUCAUAUUUCUAAGACGGACUCAGUUUGCCAUAAUGAAAUCCAGCAUGUCAGUCAAGAUGAAGAGAUUGAAGAGGAGAUUGCUGAAGACUUGAGUCACUUUUCUGCUGUUAGUGGCACAAGUCAUGAAUCUGGUCGACUACAAGAUUUCGUUCAACAAACUGAGAGCCCUGACAAUGAUAGUCGUAAUAUUAAUUCAACCUCUCCAGCACCCAUCUCUAGCUUGCACAGCGCUCACCUUCAGUCUAAAGCUGAAAUGCCAAGUUUCAACAUCGGAGAUCGUGUACUCGUUGGUAAUCUCCAGCCCGGGACAGUAAUGUUUGAAGGUCCAACCAGCUUUGCUGGAGGCAUUUGGGUUGGUGUGGCGUUGGACAAUCCCGAGGGGAGCAACUGCGGCACCUACGAUGGAGUAGUAUACUUCCACUGCAAAGAACGUCAUGGGAUAUUUGCCCCUCCAGAAAAGAUUACUCAUCUGCCUGAUAAGUGUGAGUUCUUCAGAUAUUCUGCUGGACAUGAGGAAUCAUACUCUGAUGAUGUGUCAGAUCACUGUGAGGAUCAACAUAAAAGUAAUGAGGAAUUAUCUGAAAAGACACAAAUUCAGGAGAAAAGUGAAGAAACCUCUCAUCAGAAUGUGCUGUUAGAGUUCAAAGAUAUAUCAACUGGCCUAGAGCAAACUCUUCAUAGCCAGGAACAACUAAACGCUGAAAUACACCUCGAUUCCCAACAUCACGAUCAAGGCAUAAUAGAGAAUGGUCAGGAAAGAACUGGGAUUGUCGAGAAGGAAAACACGGUCGAUCAGUACUUUCCACCAGUUAUUGAGGAAGUUGCCAAAGUUGAGAAGGACGACACUCUUGACCAGUCCACAUCAACAAGCAUUCAGGAGAUUUCUUCAGUCGCCAAGAACAAUGACAAGCUAGACCAGUAUGUCCCGCUACAUAGUCACGAGAUUUCUGCGGUAGUUGAGAAGGAAGAGAUGGCCCCAGAUAAUGAGUUAUUUUCAGGGGUUUCCCAUGUAGCCGGUGAUCACAAGGACACGCAGAAGGACCAAAUUUCUCCAAACACAUUAGCAGACAAACUACUGAAUACCUUUGUGAUUGACACCGUUCAGCAUUUGCUUCAGAUUAAAAGGGCUAAAGAGCAGAAAAUUGAAGCUUCCAAUCAGAUCAAUGGCGCAAUCGUCUGGCCGUCCGAGGAACAAAGGCUUAUUUCGUUACUGGAACCACAUGACGGUCUAUCUUCCUUUAUACCUGAAGAGGAGCCGUCCUCUCCAGAGUUGUGUAACCAACUGGAAAGUCCAAUUUUGGGGGCCACUGGGCAAGAAGAGCUCGUCAAGCGACUUGCGGAGUUGGAACUGAACCGAGAUCUGUUGGAGGAGCUAGGUGACGAUCAGGACUGGUUUGAUGAGGACUUUGGCCUCAGCUCACGUAGGGAACAGCAGAAACUCCAACAGAAGCAGAGGGAGAAAGAGAAGAGGGCAGGAGGAGAGCUGGGAAUGUCUGGUUUCUCAUCUGAAGCUCCCAUGAGGGGCCUCGUCUCUCACUCAGAUGGGGACCAGUCGCUGAAGACGCCACCAAGACCCGCCCUUCCUCUUCCACUGCCCCCCAAACUGCCGGAACAACCUGCUAUGGUUGUGCCCCACUCAGCGGUUGAGGUCGAAAAGAUGGUCCAUGCUGCUAUUCAAGAGAUCUGGGAGAGCUGUGGCCUUACAAAGGAGGGAAGGAUUUCACUUUCACUUAUGUCCUGCCGUAAACCUCCUCAAGAGUUUUUGAGUGUUGAUGACAACACAAAUGACCUGGAAGCCCUCUCCAUUCGCAGCUACAAACAGGCUGUGUAUGACCUAACAUGGGAGAUACUUCAGGAAAUAUAUGCCGAAGAUCCAAAUGCCAAUCAGCCCGAAUGGGUGAAACCGCAACGAGUGAGACCCGCCUUUUCCCACCGAGUCAAGACACCAGGAGACAUCAAUAAAGUCCAGGAAUUUGUUACAGAAGAAGUUCUGAAACUUUACGGUUUGACCAAGAAUAAGAGUAAAAAGUCUGACUGGCAGAAGAUGCUGAAAUUUGGCCGAAAGAAGCGAGACAGAGUUGAUCAAAUACUGGUACAGGAACUUCACGAGGAGGAGGCUCAGUGGGUCUGCUACGAAGAAGAUGAGCUGUCAGUCAAGAUGCAGCUGGCAGACAGCAUUUUCGACAUGUUGCUGAAGGACACCGCGAACACGCUGAGUCUCAUCACCAAGAGGACCGCCGUCAGUUGAAUGUAAUCCACCUUAAAUCUCUUAAAUACAUAGACGGGCUUGAAAAGUACAAAAGAGGCAAUGAGAAACAAAAUAAUCAUUGUUGGUGGUCAGUUGGUAGAUCAGUGGCACAUUUUCUUUUGUCCAAGCUACAACUACAGUCAGUGAUGUCAUUUGUCACCUUUUUAUUAAGUCAUAUUAUGUCAAGGUUGGGACAUUUGCCUUAAACUCAAUUUAUUGUCAGUCAUCCUCCCUCUACGGAGGCUUUUUCCUGCCUCGUCUUUUCUUUUCCAAAGUCAUGUUGGCCCUUCAAACUUUUGCAUAUUGUAACAUGUUCUUUCAAUGUCAGUAACUGAAAUGUCACUGAUCUGAAACAUUUGGACUGCCCUGCGUCGGGACGUCGCCAAUACGAUAGCGUGUAUUACAUUUUAAAAUAAUAUAUUUAUUCUGUUCGGGGAAAGAAAAAAAAAAACUAAAUGAGUUGAAUAGAAGAGAAAGUAGACUGGAAUUGUGUAUUAUCCUGUCAAAAGUAAAGGGUUUUAAAUGUUUUUCAAAUCAAAUCUAUUAUAAUGUAAUUGUAAAAGCACAAGUGUGAUUGCGGCAAUAGAUUUUAUAUCAGAGAUUUAAGAGAAUGAAAACACGUUUAGUAUUUAAGAGUCACGUUAAUUGUAAUUGUGUCCCACUUUUGAGCUGCGUGUUAAUAUCAGCACUGUGUGCAUUAAUGCUAAGUAUCCGCGUAGCCUGCAAGAAAAGAGACUACUGAUUUUCUUUAACACUUUUUCGAUGAGUUUUUUUUGGUUGCUUCUGUUAACCAAUGUAUACAGCAGGUUUAGGAUGCUCUCAAAUAGAAACACUACAUAUUAGCAUACAGUGUGAAAGUAGGACACAAAAAAAAGGAUUAAGUACUGUACUGUAGUACUGAAAUGCUGGAUUUGAGCUGUUCUUAUUCUUCAUAUUUUUUUUCUUUUUAUGACAUGAGAGAACAGUUGCUUUUUCUACGACACGGGAGAACACUUAAUUUUCUCUCGAUCCGCACGCUUGGUUAGCACACAGCCUCCUCAUCGUCCGUGCGGCAAAACUUUUAAGAUUGACGACCAAUCAGCCGAGAACGUAGCCCGCAUAGCCAGGCGGUGACGGUCAACAUUCAGUUCAAGUGCCUCUUUCCGUUGUAAGAACACUGUUUUGGACCUCCCUUGAAAAUCAUGUUUUUCAACUGCUGUAAAUGAUCCUUUUUAAACGUAUUCUUCUCCUUUCUUCACGAGUUUUGUCAAGUACAUCACCAGACCUUCAGUUUUGGCCUUAGCGCUCCAGUUAUGCCCACGCUUACUAUUUGUGUUAAACCUUUCGCGUUUCUGUGACUCUACCUGAUGUACGCAGACACACUUGAGUGGUUAUCAUGACAUAGUUAAGACGGUCAAAUUGUUUUUCCAUGAACACACUUUCUCUCUCUCCUUGGCCUUGAAUGACCUUAUUUUGGUCCUGCUAUUUCUUUCUUAUGCGUUUUAAGCAGAAGUGACCUUAACAUAAACCCGUUUCUAACCCCAUUCCUUUUUUUUUUUUUUUUUUUUUAAAAAAAGUCGCUGGUUAGAUAAUGUACCAAAAAUGUGAUGCCAACCUCAACUCUCCCAGAUUGUCUUCUCGAUCGAUUGUAUAUUGGAGAAAUCAACCUUCUCUGUUGUAACUAUGCAGUGCUUCACGUAGUUGACUGAACACCUUUUUAGCGCUGUCGUCUGUCCAUUAUCUUCUUGGUGAAGGGGAGAAUUCUUUCUUCUCUGAAGCGGAAGAUGAAAAAACACCUUUCAUAUCUCCUCGUUAGAUUUAUUAAAUUAACCCCAUUCCGCUGUUUUCCCCUUUUUAUUGAUUGAAAGGUUAUUUAUAUUAUUGUGCUGUGAGUGUGCACCAAGUGCACUUGGAUUGUACAAUAUUUUUAUGGGUGUAAAUAUGCUGUCGUCAAUCGGACAAGACUCUUACUGGCGCCUCAGUGAUUGUUGACGAAUGAACAGUUGACUUUGCAAACGUGUACAUAAGAUUUGUAGACUUUGGAACUGUAAAUAAAGCUUUGUAAAGGAA